GUUAUGCCAGCGCUCGAGGCGUUUCACCGAAUUCACGGACAUUGUCGAGUGCCGUUCAUGUUUGACGUGCCAUCGGACGAGUCUUGGCCAACACCGUCAUGGGGUCUAAAACUUGGGAAUUUUGUGGCCGGGAUCCUUUCACGUGACAAAGCUCGAUUGGUGGCGUUGGGGUUUGUAUGGAACUUCUUUGAGGCGGAGCGGAGUGAGCGUAUCAUGCCAGCUCUUGAGACGUUCCAUCGAAUCAACGGGUACUGCCGAGUGCCGAGAGCUUUUGUGGUGCCAUCGAAUGAGAGCUGGCCAACGUUGUCGUGGGGUCUAAAGCUUGGAAGCGGGAUCCGUAGCCAAGGCUAUUACUCCGCUCAAGUUGGUCGUGAUAAGGAUCUCCUAGAGGAGAUGGGUUUCGAGUUGAAUGUCUAUGAGGCAGAUUGGAGUACCCGGAUCUUGCCUGCGCUGGAGGCUUUCUAUCGGAUAAAAGGUCACUCUAGAGUGCCACAGGGUUUUGUGGUGCCGUCAGAGUCCUCCUGGCCGAUUGAAGUGCAGGGUCUCAGGCUGGGAAGUGCUGUUCACAACAUCCGCAGCAGCGGAAGCUACUUU